UCAUUAUGGAAGAAAAUGCUCGCCGAGACGCAGAGCGCCCAGAGGACUCCGGCGAGGAGUCCAACCGGGCCAUCCUGCCUCUCCUGCAGCCACCGGGCAACCAACAGUCCCACCGGAUCACCAACUUCUACAUCGAUAACAUUUUGAGACCAGACUUCGGCCGAAAGAGGAAAAACGGGAGUUUGGUGGGAGACAGUCUGGGAGUGAUAAUCCGGAGAGAGGAACUGACAGGGAGAAAGUCCUCCAAAACUGGCAAUCCGCAGCAGGGUGGAGCAGGAGGCCGGGAGGAUGGAGAGGAGGAGGACGAGGAAAGGGACACGGGAGCAUCCGACGAGCAGCAUCCGGAGGCCCGGGGAGCGGAGCUGAGAGCCGGGGAGGUGGCCGGAAAGGGCCGGGGGGGCGGCGGGGAGCGCUGCCGGAGCCCCCAGGCCAGCGCGGCCCCUGCAGCCAAGCCGAUGCUGUGGCCGGCGUGGGUUUAUUGUACCCGCUACUCAGACCGCCCGUCAUCAG